AUGGGUAAUGCAGGUAGUGAAGUCGCAUCAGGUGUAAAAGCACAAAUACAAAGUGGCGGUCAAGCACCUGAACUUUAUCGAUUAGUUGAUUUAAAGGGUGGUGGUGAGUUAGUUGAUGUUAUGCGUAUUGCAAAUCGAACAAAAGACUAUACACAAAUUGAUACGAUAAUUCGAGAAGACGUAUCAAAAUUUCUUUACAAUGAUGGAAAAGGAAAACGUGUACCGUUAAGUGAACUAAUCAGAAGAAGAAAUCGUACAUAUAACAAGUUGAAAUCGAUCGUAACAGCGAAGCCGCUGGAUGAGGAACAAAUGAAUGGUGAAUUAACAAAACGUGCUUGCUGGGACUUAGAUAAACGUGGUGGUGUGGGCGAGACCAUUCUUCAUGUAUGUUUUUUGAAUUCAACAACUGUUCACUCAGCAUUAGCGAAAAGAUUGAUUCGUCAUUUUCCUAAUCUUAUAAAUGAUAUCUAUGUUGAUGAUGAGUACUACGGCGAAAACGUUCUUCAUAUAGCUAUUGUCAAUGAAGAACCGGCGACUGUCAAAUUUUUACUCGACAAUGGCGUUGAUUUUACUCAACGAUGUUGUGGUGUAUUUUUUUGUCCUGAAGAUCAAUUGAAUAGUCGGGUAGAUAAUUUUACUAAAGAAUGUCCAGAUGUUAGUAUAGCGACAAAUUAUCAAGGAUACUGUUAUUUUGGUGAAUAUCCAUUAUCAUUUGCAGCCGUUUUACAACAAGAAGAAUCUGUCCGUUUAUUAGUGGCAAAAGGUGCUGAUCCCAAUUGUCAAGAUUCAAAUGGAAACACAGCAUUACACAUGUGUGUUAUUCACAAUAAACUGGCCAUGUUUGAUUUACUUUUUGAACUUGGUGCAUCAUUUGGUAUAAAAAAUCGUCAGGGUUUAACACCUCUAACCUUAGCAGCUGUUUUAGCACGUAAAGAUCUAUUUGAUCAUAUUUUACAGACGACACGUGAUAUUUACUGGCAGUAUGGCAAUAUCACUUGUGCCGGUUACCCAUUAGAAGAUAUUGAUACAAUUGGAAAAGACGGAUCAAUGAACGAUACGAGUGCACUAAAUAUUAUCGUCAGAGGAGAAACAGCUGGUCAUCUCGAUAUGAUGGAUGGUCUCAUUGUUCAACUGCUUGUGGAAAAAUGGAUGACAUUCAUUAAAUUCAAAUUUUUUCAACGUAUGGCUAUAUUUUCAUUAUAUUUUGCCAUUUGUGCAAUUGCAAUGCUUAUUCGUGGUAUUUAUCAAGUUCCAUCUAAUUGUAUCAAGCAUGAAUUAAUUGAUAAGCAAGACACUGAUGUUAAAGCACUAAUAAUACAAAAUCUAUCAUGUCGAUGCCAUUAUGUCAGUUUUCUAUUUAAAGAAAAAAGCAGUUCGAGGAUUAGCAUUGAAACUAUGAACUCUAAUACUAGACUGGAUGUCGAACAGAUAAGCGUCUUCAACAAUUCUACCGAUCCUGAUGAUAAUAAUAUUGAUGAAAAUAAAAAUAAUCCACUGGUUUACGCGCUAACAUUAUUUGAUUCAUUAUCGAUUGCUGGUGCAGUUGCUUAUAUUCUAUUUACUGUUCGUGAACUGAGUUAUCAAUAUUUUAAGUUAGCUUCAUUUGUUUACGUGAACGAUCCCACUCGUGUUCUAUUUUUAUUUUCAUGUUUAUUAACUAUCGCCCUUAUUCCAGCAAGAUUAACAUGUUCAUAUGAUGUCGAUGAUAUUCUAUGUGUGUUUGCUAUGUUAGCACGAGCUCCAUACUUUUUCUUCUUUUGCAGAGGAUUUCGAUCCACUGGUCCAUUUGUGGUGAUGAUCUAUACCAUGAUUCGUGGUGAUUUAUUACGUUUUUUUCUUAUAUUUGUGGUUUUUAUGACUGGUUUUUCUCAAGCUCUACAUAUCUUAUUUGUUCGUAUCGAAUGUGAUAAUGAUUUUGAAACAAAUAUUGGAACUUUUUUUCGAAUGUUUUGUGUUACAUUACAACAAGUAUCGGAUGCUUAUAAAAAUUUUGCCAAACAUCCGAAUGUAGGAAUUCAAGUGAUUGCAAAAAUCAUAUUUGUUACCUAUAUCAUAACAGCAGCUGUUUUACUCGUGAACAUGUUGAUUGCCAUGAUGGGUAACACAUAUGCCAUGGUUAACGAAAGAAAGAAAGAAUGGCUCAGACAAUGGGCCAAAAUAAUGCUUAUUGUUGAGCAAGGUGUAUCACGCGAAGAGCGCCUUUUACAACAAUCAAAGUAUGCGAAGAAAAUGGCUAAUGGUGGAAAUGUGCUCGUGAUACGCUUGGAACAAACACCUGACGAGCGUGAAUCAGUCAAAAGUAUGCAUACAGCCUAUUUUGAUCAAAUUAAAAAACAAUUGGAACCAGAAAAGAUCAACACAAUGUCAUCUAUCUCAACCGAGCUUCCAUUGAAUGGUACAAGCCUAGAAAUAUUAAAUUAUUACUAUGAUACUGUUGUAUCAGAUUUAAUGUCCAUCUAUGGUCCUGAAUCCAGUUUAAAUCCAUAUGUACAAAUGACUUUAUCUCGUUUUAAAACUGUUAUUAAUUACAAUGUACCUGAUGGAAAAAAAAUACGUGGUACACUUGUUAUUGAUACUGUUCGAGUAUUAUCGUCAUCUUUGAAUGAAGAUUUAUAUAAAAAAGCAUCAAUAGUAGCCUGGUGUAUUGAAUUGAUGCAAAGUGCAUUCUUAGUUACUGAUGAUUUCAUGGAUCAUUCGUUAACACGUCGUGGUAAACAAUGUUGGUAUCUUAAAACGAGAGAAAAAGAGCAUUCAAUCAAUGAUUCAUUCUAUUUAUAUUCAUGUACAUUUAUAUUGUUACUCAAAUAUUGUCCCGAAUCAUUACAGAUUUAUAAAUUAUUCAAUGAGACUUUUCAGCGAACAGUCAUUGGUCAAAGUUUAGAUGUUGAAAGUGAAAGUUAUUUUCCUACAAUCGAUCUUUAUACUGAAGAUUAUUAUUUUACUGUUAUACAAUGGAAAACGGCUUAUUAUACAAUCUAUUUGCCUGUUCUAUGUGGAAUAUUAUUAACUCCAGCCGAGCAUCAUAUAUCAACGAAUGUGGAAUUAGAAAAAGUUUUAUUGGACAUUGGCUGUUAUUUUCAAGUACAAGAUGAUUUUCUCGAUUGUUAUGGUGAUAUUAACAUAACAGGAAAAAUUGGUACGGAUAUUCAAGAGAAAAAGUGUUCAUGGUUAAUUGUACAAGCAAUGAAAAAAUGUAACAAUAAUGAUAGACAAGUAUUAAUAGACAACUAUGGACAAGAUAAUUUGGAUAACGUGAAUAAAGUCAAAGAUAUUUAUAAAAAAUUAGAUUUAUCAAAUGAAUAUAAACAGUAUGCACAAAAAACAUAUGCGGAUAUUAUGGAACGAAUUGAUAAAAAUUUUCAACAAAGUAAAAUUUUAAUUGUUUUAAAAAAGAUCCUUAACUCAAUUCAUGAACGAUCAAAGUAA